UGUAGUUGGAGACUGCUUUCUCCAAAGGACUACAAUGAUGGACUGCAGCUCCCAUCAUCCUUAGCAGCAGCUUCAGACUCGAUAAACGGCGGUUCUGACGCCUCUGUGGAUUUAGGGUUUGGAGUUUGUGGCUUAGAGCCGACAUGUCGGAUAAAACGGCACCGCGCUGCCAGUUGAGGCUGGAGUGGAUCCACGGGUACCGGGGCCACCAGUGCCGGAACAAUCUGUACUACACCACCAGUAAGGAGGUGGUGUACUAUGUGGCAGGGGUGGGCGUGGUCUACAACACCAGAGAACACACCCAGAAGUUCUUUUUGGGGCACAACGAUGACAUCAUCAGUCUGGCCAUGCAUCCAGAUAAGAUCCAGGUGGCGACGGGUCAGGUGGGAAAGGACCCAUACAUCUGUAUCUGGGACACCUAUGCCAUGCAGACCGUGUCCAUUCUGAGGGACGUCCACACCCACGGAGUCGCUUGUCUCGCCUUUGACUCAGAUGGACAGAGAUUGGCCUCUGUUGGUCUAGAUGCCAAGAACACAGUGUGCAUUUGGGACUGGAGGAGAGGACGGGUCGUUGCCACGGCAACCGGACACUCAGACAGGAUCUUUGAUAUCUGCUGGGACCCGAUCAAGUCCAGCCGGCUGGUCAGCUGUGGAGUCAAACACAUAAAGUUUUGGAAUCUGUGUGGGAAUGCUCUGACCCCCAAACGAGGACUCUUUGGAAAAACGGGUGACCUGCAGACCAUCCUGUGUGUCGCGGCAGCCAAAGAUGAGCUGACGUACUCUGGAGCUCUGAACGGAGACGUUUAUGUGUGGAAAGGAACUGCUCUGAUCAGGACUAUUCAGGCUGCACAUGGGGCGGGGAUCUUCAGCAUGCAUGCCUGUGAGGAAGGAUUCGCCACCGGAGGAAGAGACGGCUGCGUUCGACUGUGGGAUACCGACUUCAAACCCAUCACUAGGAUUGACCUGAGGGAGGCAGAGCAGGGCUACAAAGGUCUGUCGAUUCGCAGUGUGUGCUGGAGAGCUGACCGGAUCCUGGCUGGCACUCAGGACGGGGAAAUCUUCGAGGUGAUGGUUCGAGAUCGGGACAAACCGGUGCUGCUGAUGCAGGGUCACAGCGAAGGGGAGCUGUGGGCGCUGGACCUCCACCCCAAACAGCAGGUGGCUGUUACUGGGAGCGACGACCGCUCAGUCAGGUUGUGGAGUCUAGCAGACCACACCCUGCUGGCUCGCUGUAACAUGGAGGAAUCUGUUCGAAGUGUUUCCUUCAACAACGAUGGCUCGCAGCUUGCUCUGGGCAUGAAGGACGGCUCGUUUACCGUUUUGCGAGUCAGGGACAUGACAGAGGUGGUCCACAUCAAGGACAGAAAGGAGGUGAUCCAUGAGCUUAAGUUCUCUCCAGAUGGUACUUUACUGGCGGUGGGAUCCAAUGAUGGACUGGUUGAUAUAUAUGCCGUUGCUCAGCGCUACAAGAAGGUCGGCGAGUGCAGCCGCUCCACCUCCUUCAUCACCCACUUGGACUGGUCAGUGGACAGCCGCUUCCUGCAGACCAAUGAUGGUUCUGGUGAGCGGAUCUUCUACAGGAUGCCAGCUGGAAAGUUGGUUCCUAAAGAGGAAGUCAAGGGGAUACACUGGAUGACCUGGACAGGUGUCAUUGGGCCUGAGGUGAAUGGGAUCUGGCCCAAAUACUCCACUGUCACAAACGUGAACUCUGUGCACGCCAACUACAGCAGUGCUGUUCUGGUGACCGGGGAUGAUCUGGGUCUCAUCAAGCUAUUCCGGUUCCCCUGCUUGAAAAAAGGGGCCAAGUUCAAAAAGUACAUUGGACACUCUGCCCAUGUGACCAACGUUCGCUGGUCCAGUGACUUGCAGUGGGUCAUCAGCACCGGCGGUGCCGACCAUGCCGUCUUCCAGUGGAGGUUCCUUCCUGAAAGCGUCAUGAACGGUGUUCUGGAGCCGCUUCUUCAAGAGGGUUAUGCCGACUCAAACAGUGGCGAGUCGGACUCGGACGUGUCGGACGUCCCAGAACUGGACUCAGACAUCGAACAAGAAGCUCAGACCAACUAUGAGCGGCAGGUGUAUAAGGAGGAUCUGCCUCAGCUCAAAAAGAAGCUGAUUGGUUCCCUGAAGCGUCAAAAAGCGCCGGAGGAGGGGCUUCGCCUGCAGUUUGUCCACGGGUACCGAGGCUUCGACUGCAGGAACAACUUGUUCUACAGUCAGACGGGGGAGGUGGUGUUCCACGUAGCCGCUGUGGCCGUCGUCUACAACCGGCUGCAGCACAGCCAGCACUUUUAUCUGGGACACGAUGACGACAUCCUCAGCCUCGCUGUCCAUCCGCUCAAAGACUAUGUGGCCUCAGCACAGGUGGGCAGAGACCCGGCAAUCCACGUCUGGGACGUCCAAACCCUGAAGUGUCUGUCGCUGCUCAAAGGACACCACAGCAAAGGAGUGUGCGCUUUGGACUUUACAGCUGAUGGCAAGAGUUUAGUUUCUGUUGGAAUCGACGAAUUUCACUCCAUCGUCAUCUGGGACUGGAAGAAAGGAGAGCGACUGGCCAAGGCUAGAGCUCAUAAAGAGAAGAUCUUUGUGGUGAAGAGUAAUCCGUUCAGGAUGGACAAGUUGCUAACUGUUGGGAUUAAACACAUCAAGUUCUGGCAGCAUUCAGGUGGGGGUCUGACCUUUAGACGGGGGAUCUUUGGGAACCUAGGGAGGCAGGAGACCAUGAUGUCGGCUUGUUAUGGUCGGUCUGAGGACCUGGCUUUCACUGGAGCCACCAACGGAGAUGUCUACAUCUGGAAGGACACCACGCUCAUCAAGACCGUCAAGGCUCACGAUGGACCUGUCUUUGCCAUGUGUUCCCUGGACAAGGGUUUUGUGACGGGGGGGAAAGAUGGCAUUGUGGAGUUGUGGGACGACAUGUUUGAGCGAUGCUUGAAGACGUAUGCCAUAAAGCGAGCUUCGUUGUCUCCGUCUUCCCAAGGCUUGCUGCUGGAGGACAACCCGUCCAUCAGAGCCAUCACUCUGGGUCACGGUCACAUCCUGCUUGGAACAAAGAACGGAGAAAUCCUGGAAAUCGAUAAAAGUGGACUGAUGACGCUGCUGGUCCAGGGUCACAUGGAGGGCGAGGUGUGGGGUUUGGCAGCUCAUCCUCUACUUCCUAUCUGUGCCUCUGUCAGCGAUGAUAAAACUCUGAGGAUCUGGGAGCUGUCAGCCAAUCACAGGAUGGUCGCUGUGCGUAAACUCAAGAAAGGUGGGCGGUGCUGCGCCUUUUCUCCAGAUGGUAAAGCUCUGGCUGUCGGUCUUAAUGACGGCAGCUUUAUCGUGGUGAAUGCAGACACGUUGGAGGACAUGGUGACCUUCCACCACCGCAGGGAGCUCAUCUCAGACAUUUGUUUCUCCCAAGAUGUGGGAAAGUACCUGGCCGUGGCGUCCCAUGACUCCUUUGUGGACAUCUACAACAUCCUGACGAGUAAAAGAGUCGGCAUUUGUAAAGGAGCGGGAAGCUUCAUCACUCAUGUGGACUGGGACUCCAGAGGUAAGCUGUUGCAGGUGAACACCGGAGCCAAGGAGCAGCUUUUCUUUGAGGCGCCGCGAGGACACAUACAGAACAUCAGCGUGGCCGAGUUUGAGAAGUUGGACUGGGCCACCUGGACCUCAGUUCUGGGUCCAACUUGUGAAGGAAUAUGGCCGACUCUCAGCUUCAUUAACGCAGCUUCGCUCACUAAAGAUCGCAAACUGCUUGCAACAGGAGAUGACUUUGGCUUUAUCAAACUCUUCAACUAUCCAUCAAGGGGCCAGUUUGCCAAGUUUAAGAAGUAUGUGGGUCACAGCACCAAUGUAACAAAUGUGCGCUGGUCCAACGACAACUCCAUGCUGCUGUCAGUGGGCGGGGCUGACACAGCACUGAUGAUCUGGACAAGAGAACUGCCAGGUCACAAAGAAAACAAAGCCAUGGACAGCGAGGAGUCGGAUGCUGACUCAGAGGAAGAUGGAGGGUAUGACAGUGACAUCGCUUUAGAGAAGGGGAUCGACUAUGUGGCUAAGGUCUAUGCAACAAGCACAAGGAAUAUGUCAGGAACCAAACCUCACCUACAGCACCGAGAGCUUCCUGUGGAGGAGAGGCCUCCUGUGAGCCGAGCUGCACCACUGCCUGACAAGCUGCUGAAGAACAAUGUGACCAAAAAGAAGAAGAUGGUGGAGGAGUUGGUGCUGGAGCACGUCUUCGGCUACAGAGGCUUUGACUGCCGCAACAACCUGCAUUACCUCAACGAUGGUGCGGACAUAAUCUUCCAUACUGCUGCUGCUGUGGUCAUCCAAAACCUGUCUGCCGGAACUCAAAGUUUCUAUCUGGAACACACCGACGACAUCCUCUGUCUGACCGUCAAUCAACACCCCAAGUACCAGAACAUCAUCGCCACUGGCCAGAUCGGUGACCUCACUGACCUGACAGGACUUGCUCCAUCCAUCCAUGUGUGGGACGCAGUGACCAAGCAGACGCUGUCCAUCCUGCGUUGUUCCCAUGCCAAAGGUGUCAGCUACGUUAACUUCAGUGCGACUGGGAAGCUUCUGCUGUCUGUGGGCGUGGAGCCAGAACACACCAUCACUGUGUGGAGGUGGCAAGAAGGCACCAAGGUGACCAGUAAAGGUGGCCAUGCAGAGCGGAUCUUUGUGGUGGAGUUCAGACCUGACUCUGACACCCAGUUUGUGUCUGUGGGGAUCAAACACAUUAAGUUCUGGAAUCUGGUUGGAGGUUCACUCAUGUAUAAGAAAGGGGUGAUUGGCUCGGUGGAGGAUGGCCGCAUGCAGACCAUGCUGUCUGUCGCGUUUGGGGCCAACAACCUGACGUUUACCGGAGCGAUCAACGGAGAUGUGUAUGUCUGGAGGGAACACUUUUUGGUUCGAGUUGUGGCAAAAGCUCACAGCGGUCCAGUCUUCACCAUGUACACCACGCUGAGGGAUGGGCUCAUCGUCACCGGAGGGAAGGAACGACCGACUAAAGAGGGAGGAGCUGUGAAGCUGUGGGACCAAGAGAUGAAGCGCUGCAGAGCCUUCCAGCUGGAGACCGGUCAGCCAGUAGAGAAUGUCCGAUCAGUCUGCAGAGGGAAGGGUAAGAUUUUGGUGGGAACCAAAGAUGGGGAGAUCAUAGAGGUUGGAGAGAAGAAUGCUGCAUCCAACGCCAUGAUCAACGGACACACUCAGGGAGGGAUCUGGGGUUUAGGAGCUCAUCCUUUCAAAGACGUCUUCAUCUCGGCCAGUGAUGAUGGAACGAUACGGAUUUGGGACCUAGCUGACAAGAAACUGCUAAAUAAGGUGAGUUUGGGUCACCCUGCCAAGAGCACCUCCUACAGUCCCAACGGAGAGAUGGUGUCUAUUGGCAUGGAGAACGGAGAGUUCAUCGUCCUGCUCGUCAACUCGCUCACAGUCUGGGGCAAGAAGCGGGACCGCAGUGCUUCCAUCCAGGACAUCCGGUUCAGUCCAGAUAACCGGUUCCUGGCUGUGGCUUCUGUUGAAAGUGCUGUUGAUUUCUACGACCUUUCUCUCGGGCCGUCACUCAAUCGAAUCGGUUACUGCAAGGACAUUCCGGGCGUUGUGAUCCAGAUGGACUUCUCUGCUGACAGCAAACACAUCCAGGUGUCCACCAGCACCUACACCCGGCAGAUACACAUGGUUCCAUCAGGAAAGAUCGUCACAGAGCUACAUGUCAUCGAGAGGAUCACCUGGGCAAGCUGGACCAGCAUCCUCGGUGAUGAAGUUCUCGGCAUUUGGCCUCGAAACUCCGAGAAGGCUGACGUGAACUGUGCUUGUGUUUCCCACACUGGCCUCAGCCUGGUCACCGGAGACGACUUCGGCCACAUCAAGCUCUUCGAUUUCCCCUGCUCUGAAAAAUUUGCCAAACACAAGCGGUACGUCGGUCACUCCCCCCACGUGACCAACAUCCGCUUCUCCUGCGACGAUAAAUAUGUCAUCAGUGCUGGAGGCAGCGACUGCAGUCUGUUUGUGUGGCGAUGUCAAUGA